GCGCAUUUUAGUUCAGGCACCUAUGAAACUCCCCAGCCCACUUCCACGGCCAAGAAUCCCUUUAAACGUCACUGCUUCACCCCCAUCUUCCAUCUCUCUUCAAACAGGCCAGCUCUGACCUUUUUGACACUGAUAAUAUAACUCUUAUACCUCUUGUUUACCACGACAGCAGCUGGCUGCACCGCUUAAUCAACUACGACAGCUACAGUGCAUCGCGCUCGCCCCCAGACGUUCAGUUACUGCUCAAGUCAUUCUCUGGGCUUUGAUACCGCCCCCUCAACCUACAUCAAGCGAGCCCAUCGCAAGGCACGCGCAACUUCAGACCAUCUGAACAGUCAUCGAUGCGAAACUCUACGAACGUAUUGGCCACAAAAGAAAUAAUAUAAGACAACACAUCAUGGCGUCCUGGUACUCCAACCUCGUUCAGAAGACAUCGUCUCAAAUCUCCUCCCUCCGCCAGAAUCUCCUCUCCGGUGAACAAGACGGCGACACCGAAGACGAUACUCACGUCUGCCGUGUCCUCCGAGGCUACUACACAGAAAAGGGACGCCCGUUUCCUCCAUGGCUGCCUCCGGAUCCCAAGGCUGCGGCCCAACAACCUAUACAGCCCGUCAUGACACCACAAACCGGCCAGCGCCUCGGUGCUCAAGGUCAGCAACACGGUGGUCUCAGCAGUCUAUGGGACAACGGACCCCAACAGCCACAACAACAAGCGCCUCAGAGUCUUCGGGCUGGAGGCGGACGAACACCUGCAUCGUUGCAACCUGGUGGUGGUGGUGAUAUUAAUAGGAGACCACUGCCGAGUCAGCAGCGCGCGGGGAGCUACCAGAGCACAGGCGGUCAAUUCGGUAGGCCCGAAACGGCGAGCGUGCCACCUGGGGGUGCUUCGGGAGGUGGAGGCGGAGGAUCUGCGCAGGAUAGAUUGCGACAGAGGCUUUGGGGAGGUGGAUCGCGCACAACGAGUCCUCAGGCUGGAAGCCAAGGGCCUUUCAACCCUCCCGGUGGAAAUAAUGGAGGUGGUGGCGGCGGCGGCGGCUACGAAGAUCGAUUUGCGCCUGGCGGAAUGUAUGAUCAAGCAAGUGGUGGCGGCAAUGCUGGAUUGAGGAGAGGAGGCUUGCCCAGUGGACCAAGAGGGUACAGAUAAAGCUCGUUCUUCUAAGAAGAAGUGAAGGAUACGUUGGAUGUCUGGCGUUUACGUUUCUUGAUAGGAUAGAACGGCGUUUUACCUGGUAAUACGGACUUUUGUUUACUAGAUAUUAUGUCCUGUACCAAUGAAUCAUGACAUGAAGCA